ACUGAGGUGGCACUGAGUCGGCCAGACCAGAAAAUCCCAGCAUCUUUUCACUUCUUUCUGGGGAGGUGUGGGCGCCAGGCCCCGCCCUGCUCCACGCCAGAGACACCCUCCCUCCCCAGUACCUCCCUGAACCUGCAUAACCCCUGGAGCAGGACGAGCAGGAAGCCAAGCAGCCAGAGUCCCUGCCACAGGUGGGGGCCUCUGCCAUGGCCGCGGACGUGGAGCAGCGGCUGGGCAGCCUCCCCGUCUUCACCCGCAACGACUUCGAGAGUGACUGGUGCCGGUUGGCCAGCGGCGGCUUCGGCCAGGUGUUCCAGGUGCGCCACAAGCGCUGGCGGACCGAGUACGCCCUCAAGUGCUCCCCCUGCCUCCUGCCUGAGGCCACCAGCUCCGAUGUCAACUGCCUCAUUGAAGAGGCGGCCAAGAUGGAGAAGGUCAAGUUCCCCCACAUCGUGGCCAUCUAUGGGGUGUGCCAGCAGCCCCUGGGCAUCGUGAUGGAGUUCAUGGCCAAUGGCUCCCUGGAGAAGAUGCUGCCCACCCACAGGCUCUGCUGGCCACUCAAGUUCCGCGUCGUCCACGAGACCAGCCUGGCCAUGAACUUCCUGCACAGCAUCCAGCCGCCACUGCUCCACUUGGACCUCAAGCCAGGCAACAUCCUCCUGGACAGCAACAUGCACGUCAAGAUCUCCGACUUUGGGCUGUCCAAGUGGAUGGAGCAGUCCACACGGCGACAGUACAUCGAGCGGUCGGCUCUGCGUGGCACCCUCAGCUACAUCCCCCCUGAGAUGUUCCUGGAGAGUGACAGGGCCCCGGGGCCCAAGUACGACGUGUACAGCUUCGGGAUUGUCAUCUGGGAGCUCCUCACUCAGAAGAAACCCUAUGCAGGCUGCAGCAUGAUGACAAUCAUCAUUCGAGUGGCCGCAGGUGCACGGCCACCCCUGCAGCCUGUCCCUCCGGAGUGGCCAGUCGAGGCCCAGCAGAUGGUGGAUCUGAUGCGGCGCUGCUGGGACCAGGACCCUGAGAAGAGGCCGUGCUUUCCAGACAUCAUGGAGGAGACAGACAUGCUGCUGUCCCUGCUGCAGAGUGCGGUGGCGGCCCCCGAGAGCGAGGUGCUGGCCAGGAAGGUCUCCUGCAAGCCAGGCCUGGGUCGGCCCCUGGAGGUCAGCAAGGAUAUCAGCCAGGAGCUGAUGGGCAGCGCAGACUCGGGAGAGGACUGGAAGCGGAUCCUACAGUUCUCCCACAGUGGGAGCCUAGUGCCCAGCCCGCAGGAGAACAGGGUGACGCCAUUGCACUUCCUUGUGGCACAGGGCAGCCUGGAGCAGGUGCGGCUGCUGCUGGCCCACGAGGCAGAUGUGGACGGCCAGACGGCCUGUGGCUACACCGCCCUGCUGAUCGCUGCACAGGACCGGCAGCCCGACCUGUGCGCCCUGCUUCUGGCCCACGGUGCCGAUGCCAACCUGGCGGAUGAGGACGGCUGGGCCCCGUUGCACUUCGCUGCCCAGAACGGGGACGACCGUUCGGCCCGCCUGCUCCUGGACCACGGUGCCCGGGUGGAUGCCCAGGAGCUGGAAGGCUGGUCCCCACUGCACCUGGCCGCCCAGAACAACUGUGAGAGCGUGGCACGCCUCCUGGUGUCCCGGCAGGCUGACCCCAACCUGCAGGAGGCCGAGGGCAAGACGCCCCUCCACCUGGCCGCCUACUUUGGCCAUGUUGGCCUGGUCAAGCUGCUGGUGGGCCAGGGGGCAGCGCUGGAUGCCUGCCAGAGGAACCUGCGGACACCCCUGCACCUGGCGGUGGAGCGGGGCAAGGUGCGCGCCAUCCAGCACCUGCUGAAGAGUGGGGCCGCCCCUGACGCCCUGGACCAGGGGGGCCACAGUCCCCUGCACGCUGCAGCUGCCAGGGGGAAGCACCUGGUCUGCAAGAUGCUGCUCAGGUAUGGCGCUGGCCUGGAGCGGCCCACCCGGCAGGGCUGGACGCCCCUGCACCUGGCCACCUACCAGGGCCACCUGGAGGUCAUCCGCCUGCUGGCUGACAGCCAUGCCAACCUGGGGGCGCUGGGCGGCAUGGACUGGACCCCCCUGCACCUGGCUGCCCGCUAUGGGGAGGGGGUGGUGGUAUCUACGCUGCUACGCUGCGGGGCCAACCCCAACGCCGCCGAGCAGUCGGGCUGGACGCCCCUCCACCUGGCUGUGCAGCGGGGCACCUUCCUCAGUGUUGUGGACCUCCUGGAGCACGGGGCUGAUGUGCAUGCCCGCAGCAAGCUGGGCUGGACGCCUUCCCACCUGGCAGCACUGCAGGGCCACACAGCCAUCCUCAAGGUGCUGGCCCAGGCGGGAGCCCAGCUGGACACCCCAGGUGGCAUGGGCUGCACCCCCCUACAGCUGGCACUGUGCAGCCCCAGGCCAGGUGUCCUGGCUUUCCUGGAAGGCAGGGAGCCCAUCGUCACCAUCCUGGGUGGCACAGAGCCAGGGGCCCAGACAGAAGUGUAGGCCACCUGGGGGCGACUUACCUGUCAGAAGAGGGAGGGAGCUAGCAGAGAGGUAGAACAGCAGGUUUGCAUGCCUGAGGCCUUAAGUGCAGCUCCUAACAUCAGCAGGCUCUGUCUCUCUUAGCAAAAUAAAACAAAAAAAGUCAUUGUUUUUUAAGGAAGGAGUAGAGAAGCUGGACUUUGGGGAGGACGCCACCCAUACCUGUGCUUCCCACCUUCCCCUUCCACCUGCUCUCUGAGGAUGGAGGAAGGGGAGAGGCAGGGCUGAGGUUGUAGGGGGGCCCUGGCUGACUGGCUUUACCAUGCCCCUCCUCCACAUGUGUCCUCAACAGGACCUAUCCCUCCUCCCAGAGCUAGCUAGAUAUGUGUCACCAAAACUCUUGCCAAUCUUUGUUCCCUGCCCCUGAGCUCCCAGGGCCUUCUAUCCCAGGGAGCCCCUCGAAAGAGGAAGCAAGCACGAUAAGAGCCCCCUCUGCCCAGCCCCUGUGGGCACUUGGCCCCUCAUCUUUGGCAGGGCCACAAGAGCCAGCUACAUG